AUGGAGGAAACACCAGGAAGAUGGGCUCGUUCAUAUUGUCCAAGAUCACGAUAUGAUAUGCUAACAACAAUCAUUGUUGAGUCAAUGAAUAAUGUUUUGAGACGUGCAAGAGAAUUGCCACUUUUAACAAUGAUGGAUUACAUACAAGAAAAAUUGCAAAUCUGGUUCUAUGAAAGAAGGACAACAGCAGAAGGAAUAUUCCGUGAAAUAUCAAACUGGGCAGAAGCAACAUUGGAAGACAAAAUUAAACCAGCUUUUACAUUUAGAGUAUUGCCGAUUGAUAGACUAAAAUUCAAAGUCAAAGAAGGGGGUAUGGAAUUUAUUGUUGAUUUAGACAAGAGAACAUGUGAUUGUUCUGAAUUUCAGCUAGAUGAGAUACUCUGUGAACAUGCAAUUGCUGCAAUUGACAGUAUAUAUCAAAAGAUAUCGGCUUUCUACUCCGCCUAUUAUACAAGAGAAUUUUGGUUGAAAACAUAUGAAGGGCAAGUAAAUUUUGUAGGUGAUUCAACAAUAUGGGUUAUACCAGAUACUAUUAAAUCAGAAAUCACUAAGCCUCCGGAUGCAAAAGUUAUGCUAGGAAGAAGACAGAAGAAUCGACAUGUCUCCUCUAGAGCUGCUGUUCUGGUGUGUCCGCACCUACAGAUUGGGAACCGUAGGUGCAAAGAAUUGGACGCAUCUGCGAGCCCGCAGGUGCGAGGCCUUGAGCGCAGAUGCAUAGAGGAGGAUUUUGGGCUGGCUUCGCAGAUGCGAAGAGUAACACGAAG